CAUAAUCUCACGGCCAUGGUUGGAGCUGGUGUCCUCAGCCUUCCUUAUGCCAUGUCACAUAUGGGCUGGGGUCCCGGCACUACUAUCCUUACCUUGUCAUGGGUGAUCACGUUGUACACACUAUGGCAAAUGGUUGAGAUGCACGAAAUGGUUCCUGGCAAGAGAUUCGACAGGUACCAUGAGUUAGGGCAGUAUGCGUUUGGGGAGAAGUUAGGUAUGUAUAUCGUGGUUCCUCAGCAAAUUAUUGUUGAAGUUGGCACGUGCAUUGUGUACAUGGUCACUGGAGGAAAGUCACUGAAGAAGGUUCAUGAUUCUCUCUGUCCCGAUUGCAAAGAUAUUAAGACUUCAUAUUGGAUAAUCAUCUUUGCCUCAGUGAACCUCGUUAUUUCCCAAUGCCCGAACUUGAACUCUAUUUCCAUUGUCUCUCUUGGCGCAGCCGCCAUGUCCCUCACGUACUCAACUAUCGCUUGGGGUACUUCUAUUAAAAAAGGGAUCGAACCAAACGUAGACUAUAGUAUUAAAUCACACAGUACCGCUGAUGCAAUAUUCAACUUUCUUUCUGCGUUGGGAGAUGUAGCAUUUGCUUAUGCAGGUCACAAUGUGGUUCUGGAAAUUCAAGCAACGAUGCCUUCAUCGCCAGAGGUUCCUUCCAAGAAACCCAUGUGGAGGGGAGUUAUUUUGGCCUACAUAGGAGUUGCCUUCUGCUACUUCCCUGUUGCUCUGAUCGGAUACUACAUGUUUGGAAAUGCGGUUGAUGAUAACAUCCUCAUCACACUAGAGCGCCCUGUUUGGCUCAUUGCUGCAGCUAACCUUUUUGUUGUUCUUCAUGUUAUUGGAGGUUACCAAAUAUUUGCAAUGCCAAUGUAUGAUAUGCUCGAAACCUUCUUGGUUAAGAAAGUAAAGAUUCCACCUUCCUUUACACUUCGACUAAUAACUCGAAGUGUUUAUGUUGGCUUGACAAUGCUUGUUGGCAUAAGCGUCCCUUUCUUUGGUUCUCUUCUUGGAUUUCUUGGAGGGUUUGCCUUUGCCCCAACAUCAUACUUCCUUCCUUGUAUUAUAUGGCUUAAACUAAAAAAACCCAAGAUAUUUAGCUUGUCUUGGAUUAUAAAUUGGAUUUGCAUUAUUCUUGGUGUAUUGUUGAUGACAUUAUCUCCGAUCGGUGCCAUGAGGAAUAUCAUCCUAUCAGCGACGAACUACAAGUUCUUUUCAUAA